AUGGAAGAAGUCUUAAAUAUUCAAAAACGAAUCAUCUUUGAUGAGUCCAUUGCUCAUUAUGAAAUGCACGCACAUCAACCGUUUGCAUCAUCGUCCUUCAGCAACAAUGAUGAAAUUCGUAUUGCUGUGCAACAUCAAGACCUCUGCCUGUUACCCAGCAAGAGUUCACUGCAUAUUUGUGGUCGAUUGACGAGAGAAGACAACAAUGAGGCUGUUGCUCGCACUGAGCUCGUCAACAAUGCAAUCUGUCAUCUAUUCGAGGAGAUACGUUAUGAAUUGAAUGCUGUGGAAAUUGAUAGAUGCAAAAAUGUUGGCUUGACAACACUUAUGAAAAACUAUAUUUCACAAAGUCCCAAUCAGAGUUAUCUCAUGGAAAAUGCUGGCUGGAUGAUGGAUCAAGGGAAAAAAAUAACCGAUGAUCAAGGGUACUUCGAUGUGUCCAUUCCUUUGAGCAUGAUUUUCGGAUUUGCUGAAGAUUACCAGAGAAUUAUUGUGAACGCAAAGCACGAGUUGAUUCUGACACGUUCACACAACGACCUCAAUGCCAUCAUUCAACAAGCUCUUGAAGGAGGACAGCGGGCUGAAACUUUUAAAAUUACCAUGACGAAGAUGGACUGGAUGAUUCCCUAUAUUAAACCUGCGGACUCUCGAAAAGUGCAACUUCUUAAUCAGAUUUCAAAAGACAAUCUUAUACCAAUUAGUUUUCGAGCUUGGGAGUUAUAUGAAUAUCCUUUAUUACCCAGAACAUCGAAACAUGUCUGGGUUGUGAAGUGUUCUACACAACUGGAGAAACCACGCUAUGUCAUUGUCGGUUUCCAAACAGCCAGAAAGAACGAAGCCACAAAGAAUGCCAGUGUAUUUGAUCAUUGCAAUAUUCGAGAGAUCAAAUUAUUCUUAAAUUUACAAAGCUAUCCCUAUGGAAAUCUGAAUCUAGACAUUGCACAUAACCAAUCAGCUCUACUUUAUGACAUGUACACCAACUUCCAAACGUCUUAUUAUCACAAGGAGCCCGAGCCGCUAUUCGACAGAAAAAAAUUCUUGGAAGCUGCACCACUCAUCGUCAUCGAUUGCUCCAAACAGAACGAGUUCUUCAAAUCUGGACCGGGUGAUAUUCGCCUGGAGUUUGAGUCAUCAGAAAUCUUCCCCAACAACACAGCAGCCUACUGUUUGAUUUUACACGAUCGAAUUGUCGAGUACAGUCUACUCAGCGGCAAUGUGAAGAAACUCAUAUAA